CAGAAGCUCCAACUGUCACCUGACAAACAACAACAGCAACAUCCACCACCUGACAGAGUCUCUGAGUUUUAAAGGUGGUGCAGCAGAGAUUAGAUGAAGAUGGUUCAGAGCGACCUGCAGACGCCUCCACCUCCUCUCAGCGCUGUGAACAGCUUCAGUCUGACCGUCCGUCGGUUCCUCUCCAGCCAAUCAGAGGAGUUUAUGAUGACUCACCUGAUCCUCAGAGCUCUGUUUGGAGCUGUGAGUGGAACAGUUCUGUUCCUGGGCGUCGCUCACAGUCUCCCUCUGACCUUUGACCUGAAGCUGGCGGCAGGAAGUGUGUUUGUUGGUGUGUGUGUCGUGGGCGGGGCUUUAUCCUCCUCCCUCAGGUGUUCAGUCCUCCUGAUGUUUCCCAGCAUGCUCGGCUCCCGCGGCCGAGCGUACCUGAUGCUGUUGAUCCUGUCAGUGCUCUACAGAGGUCCGGUCUCUAACCUGCAGCGUAACGUGGAGUCGGCUGCUCUGACUCUGAGCUGUAACCUGGACCUGCAGGUUCAUCACAGCAGGUUACUGUGGAGAGACGCCAUCACACCGUUUAUACUCAUCACUCAGGAGCUCGUGGACGAUAAAGCAGAGUUUGAGUCGGAGGCUCUGAGCGUCAGCAGGAAGUUUCAGAGCAUCAGAGACGAGGUGGUCCUGCAGUACGGAUACGACCGGUUCAAACCCAAACACACCGAGACCGGGACCAGCACACAGGAGCAGUUCACUACAAAGACCAUGAUGCAGUGCGACAGUGUGGUGGACGAGGGCGUGCGCCGCUGCUCUGAUUGGUUCACACGCAGGUGGGCGGAGUGUAUGGAGGCCAUACCUGUCCCCGUCAUCAACCACAUCCUCUGUGUCUCCAUGAAGUUCCACUUCCUGUGUGAUGUCAUGAGAGUGAUGACUCCAUGGUGCAGGGAGGAGGUUCCUGUGGAGGGAAACUUCGGUCGUCUCUUCGAUCGGUUGAAUCUCUCGGUCGAUCUUUUGUCCAGAGAGUUCAGCACCGAGCUCCUCCUCCAGGAGCGGCAGCAGCAGGCGGUGUUGGGUGGAGCUGUGGUGGAUGAGGAGUUCACUCAGUCGCUCAGAGGAUCUUUCCAGGAGCUGAGGAGGAGGAUGGAGCGUCUGCUGGACCUCCUGCAGCUGCUGCUCUCCUUCACCUUCACCUCCAUCUUCACACAAGCGUUCAGUUACCUCCAUCAGUACCGCAGAGAGAUCCAAUUCGACAACGUCUACGUCACCUCCUACUUCAGGCGGAUCGACUCCCGCAGGAGCAGAGCGGGGAAGGUGUGUGUGCUGCCUCUCAGACUCUCAGAGAGGAGGAAGCUGAUCGAUCCCUGGAGUCUGAAGAUUCAUCCUGACGAGUUCAAACAGGCCUUGUCAGGUGUGUUUCAGGUGUUGUCGGUCUCUCUGCUCUGCGUCGUCCUCCUGACCGUCGACUUCUCUCUGUUCCACGUCCUGGACAUCGUCAGCAGACACACACACACCCAGUUCAACCUGACCAGUGGUCACCAGGUGGACAUCAGAGUGGGCGGAGCCUCCAUGAUGGCCCGCCUCCUCAGGAAGACGAUCUCAGCCUUUAACAGCUCGUCGAUCCGACACAUCCACACCGACAACCAGGGGUGUGUGUCUCCCCCCUCCUCCCUCUCUGCAGCUGUGUAUGUCAGCUGUGUGUGUUGUGUCCUGUUGGUGGCGCUGUGCAGCCUCCUGCAGGUUUACACCAACCGCCUCCGACGAGUCAUCGCCGCCUCCUACCACCCACAGAGGGAGAAGAAGAGAGUUCAGUUCCUCUACAACCUGCAGCUCUACACACGGAUUUCCUCUGAGGACACUGAACACAUCACGAGGCGUCGGAGGACGGUGUUGGAGCGUGUGAGCAGGUGCGUUCGUCGUCUGCGUCGUCACCACAGACAGGAAGAGUCCGACCCCGGUUAGACCAGGACCAGGACCAGGAGGGAGACCACCGACGUCCAGGUCUGACCCUGGUUCAGAUGAACCUGUGUCUUUAAAUAAAAAAUGAAACGUGACGAUCAGAGUGAAACAGUUUGUGGUGAACUGAACUCUGACUGACUGCUUCAGUAAAAUGAGUGAAGCUCCUGUUCUGUGUUUGUUCUAAACGUUCGAGUUCCUGAGUCAACGGCAAUCAGAGUCUGGACCCCGAGAGGCUGUCCACCAUACACAGUACUCCAGUACUCCAGUACUACAGUAACUAUAGUCCCUAGCCUUUAAAUAGACCUUCUCAGACCAUGUUAUAUUCAAAUUUCAAAACUACAGAGGAAGAAAACGUUUCAAAAACCGGCACUCGCAGACCAAGGAGAAACUUUCUUUAAAACGAGAUGGACGCUAGACAGACGCCAAACAAGGAGAUGGAUUGCAACGAACUUCAGCAACAGGUCAUGAAACUUCAGGACGUGUUGAAAAUGGAAAAGGCAAACUAUGCCAAGGUGUUUCAGGAGUUACAGGACACCAAAAAACAGUUGGCCCCGCCCCCAACAUGAGCCCGGUUCUGCUCAAGGAAUUUUUCCUUGCCACCGACGCCAAGUUGCAUGCUCAUGGGGGACCCCUGGUUCUAAAAAGCACCAAAAAGUCUGCUAUGAAAACAAUUUAAUUCAAUAAUAUCCUUCAGGGGUGAACGGAGGGAUGACAAGAACAACAAAACAAAGCAAAAAAAACAAACAAACACAAACAACAACACCGCCCCCAAAAAAGAG